AGUAGUAUCACCACUGAAAUGAUGUCCCCAUCAUCUUCGGGUGAGUCUAUAAUUGUCAUGACAGCGGAGAAGAACACCGAUGGCACCAGGAUCUACAGCAAACAACAUUUUUGUCUUUUCUGUGAGAAGCCGUAUGCAAAAAUUGCGCGACAUUUAGAACAUGUUCACAAACAGGAGUCUGAAGUGGCCUCUGCUCUCAAAUACCCCAAGGGUUCAAAAUUGAGAAGGGUCCAAAUUGAUUUGCUUCGCCGUAAAGGAGACCGAGAACAUAAUGUACAUGUGAUGCGAGAAGGUACUGGUGUCCUCGUUCCUUGUAAGCAAGUGUCCAACUCUAACAUAAAUGCUACAGUAUUCGGGCACUGUGUUAGCUGCCAGGGUCUAUUUAAGAGAAAGUUUCUGUGGAAACACAUGAAGACCUGCACACUAGCAAAGCAGAACGGUCUUCUUAAGCCUGGACGUAAUAGAAUUCAAGCCCUUUGCGCAAAUGCCGAACCAUUGCCAGUGGGUGUAAGCGCUCAGCUGUGGAAGCUCCUGAACAAAAUGAAUCAAGAUGACAUUACAUUCGCGAUUAAGAAUGAUGAGUGCAUUCUUAGAAUGGGAGAGAGGCAGUACAACAAAAACGGCCAUGAUCCGGCAAAACAUCAUGCCAUUUGCCAAACAAUGCGAGAAAUGGGGCGGCUUCUUUUAGCAGGCAGAGUGCUCAGGAUUAAAGACCAUUAAAGAAUUCCUCCAUCCAUCAAACUUUCCUCGAGUCAUUGAGGCUGUUAAACACGUAGCAGGGUUUAAUGCUGAUAAUAGGUCUUUUAAAAUUCCAACACUGCCUCUAAAAAUUGGACACAGUUUACGCCGUGUUGCAAGUAUUGUCCAGUGCCAGGCCAUGAUCUCAGGGGAUAAACAGGUCGCACAAUAUGCGCAAGAGUUUCAAGAGGUCUUCAGAACAAUGUGGAAUGAGGCCAUCUCUUCUCCUGCAUUGAAAACUUUGGCUGAAGCAAAGUGGAACAAUCCUCAGCUUUUACCCUUUACUGAGGAUGUUAAGAACAUGCAUGUGUACAUGGAUGAAAAACAGAAACAGGCUUCUGAUAAGCUCAUAGAAGAAAAAACUCCAAAGAACUGGAGAGAGCUGGCUGGAGUAACACUUGCUCAAAUAAUACUUUUCAACCGUAGGAGGGAGGGGGAAGUAUCCAAAAUGAGAGUGGCUGCAUUCAAUGUCAUCAAUGAUCCAUUGCAUUCAGAUGUGGCUGAAGCACUGUCUGAUCUGGAGAAAAAGCUAUGCAAACAUUUCAAGAGGCUAGAAAUCCGUGGGAAGAGGGAUAGAAAGGUGCCAAUCCUUUUGACUCCUGAGAUGCAGAAUGCCAUGGAGCUGCUCAUGAAGUCCCGUGCAGAUUGUGGCGUACUUGAGGGCAAUGUCUAUUUUUUCGCUCGCCCUGGGCAGGACACUUUUCUGAGAGGCCAUACAUACAUCAAUCAAUUUGCAAAGGAGAGCAAUGCAAAGUACCCAGAGCGCAUAUCUUCCACCAAACUCCGCAAACAUGUUUCCACCCUGUCAACCAUUCUGAAUUUAAAAGACACCGAAAUGGAUCAACUCGCAGGAUUCUUGGGCCACGACAUAACGGUGCAUCGCAAAUUUUAUCGCCUACCGGAGGGUACACUCCAAUUAGCGAAAGUGAGCAAGGUCCUGAUGGCUCUGGAGCGAGGAUCAUUAAUGAAUUUCAAGGGCCAAAAUUUGGACCAAAUCGAGAUAAACCCAAAUGAAACUAUUCCUGAAGAGGAGAGUGAGAGUGACGCUGAUGAUGAAAUGGAAGAUGGCCUCUCAGCAGCAGGCAAGCGUGAGUAGUAAAAUGAACAAAUGUCUGAUUUUCUGUGUUGCC